CGAUCGGGACACCGAAAUUGCACUUGAACGGCUUUCUCCGUCCCGUCCACGAGAACAAUCGGCGUUCAAGCACGUCGUUGUAGAUAAUGUUACGUCGGUACAGAUAAUGUUACGUUGUUACGUAAUAACAUAACCGGACACGGCAUAAUAAUGGCCGAUUUACUAGUGUACGGCGUAAAGCUGCGCCGCACUUACAGUAGACGACGUGUCCGCUCUCGAACGAACUGGUUAGUUGGCCCGGCCGUGGGUAGCUAAUGGUUUUUCAGAAUUUACACAAACAAUUCGACCCCGACUGCAUUAACUACUUAUCGCUGUCCUUACGGAAUCUUCCGUGUACACUUGAUACGGUUUUAGGUCAAGUUUUUAUUUUGUUUUCCGUCGACUUUCUUUUCGUUUAGACUCUCGUCCAUCCGACAAUAUUGUAUUGUGUUCCACGCGAUAAUUAUGAAUCCGAAACACAAAACGAUUAAAGUGGGAGUGUUGACGGUUAGUGACACUCGAACACCAUCGAAUUCUGACACUGAAACGUUUGACUCCAGUGGUCACGAAUUGAAGGAACUCAUCAACCGUUUUAACGUCAUUGAAUCGGCCACAGUAGUUGAAUACGAUUGUGUUACAGAUGACUUGGAAAAAAUCCAGGAGAAAAUGAUUGAAUGGUGUUCUGAAAGAAAAGUUGAUGUCUUGCUGAGUACUGGUGGAACAGGUUUCAGUCCUAGGGAUGUUACUCCUGAAGCAACUCUUGGAAUUGUUCAAAAACUGACACCUGGUAUAAGUCAAGCAAUAAUGAAUGAAAGUUUAAAAAUCACCCCAAUGGCAAUGUUAUCUAGAGCUAUAUCUGGAAUAUAUAAGAAAACUUUGAUCAUAAAUUUACCAGGGAGCGUGAAAGCAGCUAAAGAGUGUUUACUUGUUGUCGCUUCUGCUAUACCACAUGCAGUUACAUUAAUAAAAGAUGAAAAAGAAAUUUCAAAACAAUUUCAUGAUCAGUUUAAUUCCAAAAAGGAUAUACAAUCAAAAGUUCCCGAAUGUGUUACGAAAGUAGCAUGUCGUCAUAGAGAAUCGCCAUAUCCAAAAAUUAGCAUGGCAUCAGCAUUAACAAUUAUUAAAGAACAAGCUGUUAUACAAUACACAAAAAAUUAUAAAAUUAUGUACCCAACUGUUUGGAUUUAUUCUACCGGUGAUGAGCUAGAAAAUAAUAAAAAUCCAUGUCAUAAUUGUAUCAGAGAUACAAAUUCUCUUAUGAUAAAGCAGUUACUUGAACAAGAUAACUAUAAGGGAAGUGUAUUUAAUGGUGGUGUUAUAAGAGAUAAUUGGAACGAUCUUUGCAAACAAUUUGAGGAAGCAUUUAACAAUGCUGAUAUUAUAGUUACAAGUGGUGGAGUUUCCAUGGGUGAAAAAGAUUUAAUUAAACUUGUACUUCAAGAACACUUUAAAUGUUACAUUCAUUUUGGUAGAGUCAAUAUGAAACCUGGAAUGCCUUCUACCUUUGUGACACUUAAUUAUAAAGAUAAAAAGAAAUGUAUCUUUUGUUUGCCUGGUAAUCCUGUGUCUGCUGGUGUUUGUACUCAUUUAUUUUUAUUACCUUAUUUAAGAUUGAUUUCCGGAAGAAAAUCUAUUGUUCAUUCUUUUAAAGCAAAGUUAACACACUGUAUUAAUGAAUUGGAUGUAAGACCAGAAUUUAAAAGAGCAUUAUUUAAGUACGAGAAUGGAGAAUUUUAUGUAUCAUGUUUGACUAAUAAUCAACAAAGCAGCAGACUUUUGAGUUUUUUAGGCGCCAACUGUUUACUUACUUUGCCUUCUUCAAAGAAACAAACAAGUAUUAAAGCAGGAACAAUUAUGGAUAUCAUACUAAUUAAGAGUAUAGAAAAUACCGAUGUUUCUGCUUUAUUAUUUAGUAGAGAUUUACAGGUGAAAAAUCUUAGAGUAAGACCUGAAGAUAAAUGUAAACCAGACAAUACAGUAUGUCUAUCUUUAAAAGAAACAUUAGAUUUUAUGACACAGAAAAAUGAAUUUAUUUUAAAAAGUGAAAACAUACCUACUAGUUCUGCUAUGGGUUAUGUAAUAGAUGCACCAGUAUAUUCUUCAGAAAAUUUACCACCAUAUCCUGCUUCAAUUAAAGAUGGAUACGCUAUUAAAUAUGUUUGCGAUGGUUCUUGGUCUCAAAAGAAUAAUAUAUUUGAAGUGGUGCAAGUAUCAGUUGCCGGAACAGAGCCCGGUUGUCAAGAAAAGAUAAGUGAAAAAAAAUGUGCACGUAUUAGUACUGGUGCACCAAUACCACCAGGAGCUAAUUGUGUAGUACAAGUUGAAGAUACAUCUGUAAUAUCUAAAUCCCCUGAUGAAACAAUUGAGUUAACUAUUGAUAUAUUAAAAGAACCUCAACUACAUGAAAAUAUUAGAUUUAUUGGUUCAGAUAUUUCUGUUGGACAAUGUCUUCUAGAUGAGAAAUGUCAACUCGGCCCCUUUGAAAUAGCUUUAUUGCGAUCUGUUGGUUGCGAAAGUGUUUCUGUUUACAAAUAUCCAACAAUUCAUAUUUUACCAUAUUUCAGUAAUUUGGCUUGUGGAAUAUCCAUAAUAUUAGAGAAUAUUCUGAAGCAGGAUGGCUUUAAAGGGAAAAUUAUUUGUCAUUCUUUUUUUAAGAGCUCCAAUGAGCUUCUCGAACUAUAUAGAAAUGUAUUUGAGCAUCGUGAUAUUAUAAUAAUCAUAAAUUAUGAUUAUGAUAACUUUAACUUUAGUCCAUCGUUUGAUAUUGAAAAGCAUCUAAGUAUCAAAAGCACUUUUCACAACAUAAUUUCACUUGAAUUUGGAAUAAUAAAAUUGGAAUUAGAAAAGAAGCGGAAUGUAUUUUUUAAUUUAGGCAUGGACUCAAAUUUAGUAUAUAACUAUGCACAUCUAUUCAUACUGCCAUUUUUGCGCUUUUCCGUUGGCAAGAAGCAACAAAUUUCUUCAGUUAUAACAAAAUCUUCAAUUGAUUUACCUAUAUCAGUAUACAGAUAUAUGGGAGCUAAAUUGGAUUACAAAGAUGGAGAUUUAAUUGUUACUGGUUUUGGAUUAAAAGAUGAGAACUGUAUUGUUCUAAAUCAAGCAUCCCAGGCAAAAGAUUUCAACACAAUAGACACCACUGCUAAAUUAAAUGUCGUCAUUACUGAAAAUUCUGAUUCUUAUUUUAUUCAUUAUUAACGAAAACAUUUGAAGAAAAAAAAAAAACCUUAAAUUAGUGUAGUUAAAGAAGAUGCUUUUAUAUCAAUAAUAAAACAAAAAAAAUUUCGAAAUCCUAUGUUUGUGUGAUCAAAACUUGUUACAUUUUUUUAUUUUAUGCAUAAUAGGUAUAUAAUAGGUACGAUUCUACUGGGCAAGUGUAACAGACGUGUACUCCCUACGGCUUGACAUUAGUUUCAAU